ACCAAAUAUAGCAAUCUUCUGCUUCGCCCUUCAUGACUUCCAAUCAAACUCUAUGUCCACUCAAAAGCACACAAGAAUAUGGCAUCCGGUCGUUCCUCUUCUUCGUUUCCAGGAAUUUCGGUCCUCCUCCUCCUCCUCAUCUCUCUCUCUCUCUGGUAAAAUUUACCAGGGAAUGGACAGCCAUUUCCCCCAUCGUUAGGCUUGCUCGAUCCACCUCAAGAACAUCAAGGGAGAUUCUUGGGGGGGCAUGUAAGGAAAGGGGAAGAGAGAGACCAAGAAUGUCGUCGUCCCCAACAACGAGGCCUUCCUCAGGAACAUCUCUCAUGGAGAGCUUGCUGGGUCUUCUCAGAAUCCGCGUCCGGCGGGGUAUUAAUCUCGCCGUCCGAGAUGUCCGCACCAGCGACCCCUACAUCGUCAUCAAGAUGGGUAAACAGAAACUGAAAACUCGCGUAAUCAAGAAGGACAUUAAUCCGGAGUGGAAUGAAGAUCUUACUCUCUCUGUUUCAGAUCCUGAUGUUCCUAUCAAACUGGCAGUUUACGAUCACGACACGUUCACCAAGGACGACAUAAUGGGGGAUGCGGAGUUUGGCAUUAACGCAUUCAUAGAUGCCCUGAGGAUGGACUUGCAAGGUCUCCCAAGCGGCACGAUAAUAUCCAGAGUACAGCCGUGUAGGAAGAACUGCCUCUCCGAAGAGAGCUGCAUCUUAUGGAGCGAAGGGAGGAUCGUCCAGGACAUGUGUCUCAGACUUAAAAAUGUCGAAUGCGGGGAGGUGGAAAUCCAGUUGCAGUGGAUCGACCUUCCCGGUGCCAAGGUUCUGUAGAGGGAUUUUCGAGGGACAUGCCAUUUCGAGGUAAUUUGAGCGCCUGGCGCCCUCUCGUAAUUGGAUCUCUAUGAUGGAUUGUUACCUGUAUCUGGAUAAUAGCAGGAACGAGAAUCACUCAUCAGAAACAAGCGAAAUGAGAAUUUGAGCACCCUUUGCUUCUCCGGCCAUAUACCGGUGGUCCGUCUUUCCAUCAUUUGCCGUACGAGGAAGAGUUUGCCGUUAGGUUCUGCUCUUCUGGGUUAUCCAAGGGACAAGCUUUGACCAUUUAAGGCCAGUUUAAACACCCCUUUCCUUUUACUGGUGUUGGACUAUUUCGCAAUUCCCAGCCCCCGACAUGAGCAACGUCGCAGUUUUUUCAUGCGAUUCCCCAUUAGAAUUGUUUGCGUUCUUGCGGCGUUCCGUCUAAGUCUUUGUGAUCACACAUCAGACAUUGAAUCGCGGGUGCGGAUCAAUGACUCGAUGACUCGUCUCUCCCCUUCUCUCCUAUCGCAAAUUCACUCUCUGUCUGUCGCUCCGUCAAUUCAUCGCGGCCCCGAUUGUCGGAUUUGCCAUCCGAAACCACCUUCUAAAGUCGCCGCCGACCGUUUAUUUUCAAGAGCCAAUGAAAAUCGCCGUAGCUUUUGGACAAAGGUAGAAA